AUGGUGCAUAGAUGGAAGGAGUGGAGUGAGAUUAGCAUCCUAACAUGUGGGACACUUAAUCCUGUGAAGCAGAGGUCCUCAGAUAAAUCUUGGAUUCCCUUCCUGGACUCCAGUGGACAGGACGGGACGGGGCGGGCUUGCCUGGGGGAGACGUGUGCUGAGUUCAGAGCCAUGACAAGAGAUGUGGCUAAGGAACGAGAGUUCAAUGGGGCCAUUGCAGCUCCUGAAGAGAUUAAAAAGGAGGAGAUGGAAGAGAGAGGCCAGUGGAGUACCAAAAUGGAGUUUGUGCUCUCUAUGGCAGGAGAGAUCAUUGGUCUGGGCAACGUGUGGAGGUUCCCAUACCUCUGCUACAAGAAUGGUGGUGGAGCCUUCCUCAUCCCUUACCUCAUCUUUCUCUUCACUUGUGGGAUACCCCUGUUCUUCCUGGAGACAGCGCUGGGGCAGUACACCAGCCAGGGAGGGGUCACUGCCUGGAGGAACAUCUGUCCCAUCUUUGAAGGAAUUGGAUAUGCCUCACAAGUCAUUGGGUGCUACCUGAAUGUCUACUACAUCAUCAUCCUGUCCUGGGCACUGUUCUACCUGUUCAGUUCCUUCAGUGCAGUGCUACCGUGGGCCAGCUGCAAUAACCCCUGGAACACAGAUCUCUGUGUGGACAUUCUGAAUACCUCCAGCCUGGACAACAGGACCUUGCCUGCGAAUGCCACCUCCCCGAUGAUUGAGUUUUGGGAGAAGCGAGUCCUGGGGCUCACGGAUGGUAUUCACAAACUGGGCACUGUGCGCUGGGAGCUGGCUCUGUGUCUCCUGCUGGCGUGGAUCAUCUGCUACUUCUGCAUCUGGAAAGGGGUCAAGUCCACAGGCAAAGUUGUUUACUUCACGGCCACCUUCCCCUACGUGAUGCUUCUCAUCCUGCUGCUGCGGGGAGUUACGUUGCCGAGUGCUGCUGAGGGCAUCAUCUUCUACCUGAAGCCAGACAUUUCCAAGCUGGCAGACCCGCAGGUCUGGAUGGAUGCAGGCACUCAGAUCCUCUUCUCUUAUGCCGUCUGCCAGGGGUGCCUGACAGCUCUGGGCAGCUACAACAAAUAUACCAACAACUGUUACAGGGACUGCAUCAUGCUCUGCUUCCUGAACAGUGCCACCAGCUUCAUUGCUGGCUUUGCCAUUUUCUCUGUGCUGGGCUUCAUGGCUCAUGAGCAGGGUGUACCGAUUGCAGAAGUGGCUGAAUCAGGUCCUGGCCUGGCUUUCAUAGCGUAUCCAGCAGCAGUAACGAUGAUGCCUGCAUCUCAGCUCUGGUCCUGCCUCUUCUUCCUCAUGCUGAUCUUCUUGGGACUGGACAGCCAGUUUGUCUGUGUGGAAAGUGUGGUGACAGCUCUUAUUGACAUGUUCCCAGAAGUGUUUCGGAAGAAGUGGCGUCGGGAGCUGCUGAUCCUGGCCAUUGCAGUCAUAUGCUACCUGCUGGGCUUGCUGCUGGUCACUGAGGGUGGAAUGUACAUCUUCCAGCUUUUCGACUACUAUGCUGCCAGUGGCAUGUGCCUGCUCUUCCUGGCCAUUUUUGAAGUCAUCUGUAUAGGAUGGGUGUAUGGUGCCAACCGCUUCUAUGACAACAUUGAGGACAUGAUUGGUUUCCGGCCAUGGCCUUUGAUCAAGAUAUGCUGGCUGGUGUUCACCCCGGGUCUGUGCUUGGCCGUCUUCCUGUUUUCCUUGGUCAAAUACAAGCCCUUGAAAUACAACAAUUCCUAUGUGUACCCGCCCUGGGGUUACGUGGUGGGCUGGCUGAUGGCACUCUCCUCCAUGGUCUGCAUUCCUCUCUACGCCAUCUUCAUCCUUCUGAAAACCAAAGGACCCCUGAAGCAGCGGCUGGCACAGCUGACUUCCCCGGCGGAGGACCUGCCGCGGCUGAAGAAGCUUGUGGUGGGGCUGGCUGACCUCAAGAGCAAGGGAUGGUCCCCUGCGGUCCAGGAGGUGCUCAGCAUCACAGAGAGAGAAACCCACUUCUAA